GCCUGGUUCGCACUCCCAACAUGGCGACUGCGGCGGUUCUAAGCGUAGCCAAGCGCAACCUGCGGGUAGAGAUGAAGCAGCGGCUGCGGGCGCUCAGCGCCGAGGAACGGCUCCGCCAGUCCCGUCUGCUGACAGAGAAGGUGCUUGCUCACAGUAAAUAUCAAGAGUCUCAGAGAAUUUCAAUCUUUCUGAGCAUGCAGGAUGAAAUUGAGACAGAAGAAAUUAUCAAGGAUAUUUUUCAGAGUGGUAAAACAUGUUUUAUCCCUCAAUACAAAUUCAAGAGCAACCAUAUGGAUAUGGUCAAGUUAUUUUCGGCAGAAGAAAUUUUUUCACUGCCCAAAACUUCCUGGAACAUUCGCCAACCCAGUGAUGAAGUACGGGAGGAGGCUUUGUCAACAGGGGGUCUGGAUCUCAUCUUCAUGCCAGGUCUUGGAUUUGACAAACAGGGCAACCGCCUGGGAAGGGGGAAGGGAUACUAUGACACCUACCUCAAGCGAUGCUUACAGCACCAAGAAAGAAAGCCAUAUACGAUUGCUUUGGCUUUCAAAGAGCAGAUCUGUGGUGCAGUGCCAGUUGGAGAAAGUGAUAUGAGAAUAGAUGAAGUGCUCUAUGAAGACACAUAAACUUUGUGGUGCCCAGUGACAACCCUGAGGAAUAGUCUGGGCUUUGUACUCUGGUAAAAUAAAUGCAUUCCUUUUCUCCUAUCCAAAAAUAAUUUGCAACUCUGCCCUUGUAUUACUAAGAACUGCAUUGACUUUGAUGUAAUUAGAAAGGGUUUAGUAUAAAAUAUUAAGUUAAAAAUCUUUAGCAAUGUGAAUAAUAGAAUAUUAGUGAAGAUUUCACAGUGAUUUUUCUUCCUAAUUUCCUGGUGUUAAAAUGACAAUUUUAUAUCUCCUUUGAAAUGUAAAUUAUGAAUGAGAUUAUGUGGUCCAACUUGCAUGAUGAAGAGAAUUUAAGCUCAUUUAGAACAAGGAUUGUACUGUCUUCUAACAUGUCCUUUAAUGGCUCUGCUUCAAUCCCUAGGACAAAUAGGAAGAUCUGAUAAAUAUUAAUUGCUUUGUUGAUGUUUGUUUCUAGUUCAGACUUUAGAGAGGGCAAAUAGUACUCAUUAUGACUUUAUUCAUCCUUUUUAUUUGUUCACCCAACCUGAAAUUUUGGGUUAAACACUUGAUAGCUUUUGUGGGCUAAAGUGAUGAAGGAUGCAAUAGAAAUUGCUCAUUGGUUUUGCAGUUUACUACUAUAAUUCACCAUGAUUAGUCCCUAAAUGCCUCAUUAUAGGAAAGCUACCUGUUAGCAUCCCUAGCUUCUAAUGCCAAGUUCUGAUAUUAUAUCGAUUAUAAACUCAGCUCCAUUUAUUUGGGGUUUCUGACUUGGAAAUAAAAUUUGCCUUAGGUUGGAAGUUGGCUGAAGACAUGUCACCUGGGGAACAAUAUCUUUUUUUAGUUGUGGUAAUAACUUAAAAGUGGCAUUAUGUGAAUUAUUUGUUCAUAAUGGCUUAGAGGAUUGUAUGUGACUUGAGACUUCAUGUAGAAAGAGCACAGACAUGCUGCAAAGAAAGUCAAGUAGUCUACAAAGAAUGAAGAAAAGAAGGUAGAAGUAACAACACUGUUAACAAGGUGGGGGGGAGGGGAAGAGAGGGGAACCCCCUGUGUGCUAUAAGUACAGAUAUUAUGUUGGUUAAAAAAAAGUGACAACACAAUUUGAUCUCUUGAAUUAUUCAGACUAUAAAUAUUCCUCAUAAAUACAUUGUAAUUAUAAAAUUUCAAUACUGAUGUGGUUUUCUUUUUUAUAACGAAGACAUUGUCAGAUAACUCUUUGCUAUAGAUUCAAUCUGGGUUUUUCAUUGCUGCCAUAAUCUUGGGUGCUUUUUGGGCAUAUGAAUGGAGGGUUUUUUCUUUUUACAUGAAACCGUGAAUCUAUUACUUAUAGUUUCCUUUAAAAAAAGAAUAUAAUAAAUUGAACAUAUUAGCUUCAAA